AUGGCUGUGGCUCAGAGACGUUUGAGUCUCCCAAGCGAAAAUAUGUUCUUGAGUAGAGUGUUUUUUGGUGUAAUCCUAGUGGUCCUCUUUGCCCAAGGCAGCCUUGCCUCACACCGGAGUCCGCGCGGAGUGCACGUCAAGCUACCCGGCAGCGCCCACUCAGCAGCGGUGUCUAGCGCACUGCGUGGUGUGAAAGAAAAGAUUGAGCAACAGAAUGAGAUACUAAGUCGUCUGGCCAAUGCUACUGAGCAGCUGUCCGUCGCCUCCAAUGCCUUCCUGCGCAACUGUGCCCUGACCGACAAGUACGGAUACACCCGCAUCCAACUGGAGGAGGCCAGCAAGCCGUUCGAUGUUUUCUGCGAGCAGGCUCUGGACGAGGGAGGCUGGACUCUGGUGCUCCAGCGAUUCAAUGGGACCCGUCGCUCGGCCCAAGAGUUUCGCAACGGUUACAACAGCAUCGCCGCGGGGGAGUACUUCCUGGGCACGGAUAAGCUCUACGCACUAACUCACUCGCGUGACCAUGAGCUGCUUUUCGUGAUGGAGUUCGUGGACCGGACGACGCGCACCUACCAGGCGCAGCGGUUUAUUUUGCAGAGCCCCUCGGCACACAUGACUUGGGCCGCAGAACAAGACACCGCCCGGUAUAGCUGGGCGCAGUGGGAGCAGGAGAUCGCACGGUUGCCAGCAGGGAAAUCCUGGGAGUCUAACGAAAGCUGUCCUACCAACACUCUUUGCGGACCGGAGCGCUUCAUUGUCUUUCUGCUGAAGUGGAACUUUGCCCAGCUGAACCAAAGUCCCCUGAUGGGUCGUCCGAGUAUACGCCUCUUCAAGCUGCUUCUACGUCCUUCUAACAGCUACUGGACUGUGCGAAAUUCUUGAUUUGUUCUAAAUGAAUAAUAAGCAGGCAACUGUUUGCAGGCCUGAGGAUAUCUUUGAGAUACAAACCUUAAAUAUAUAUACAAACCCAAUUAUA